GCGGCCCCGAGCAGGACGAGGACUAUCGCUACGAGGUGCUCACGGCCGAGCAGAUCCUGCAGCACAUGGUGGAGUGCAUCCGCGAGGUCAACGAGGUCAUCCAGAAUCCAGCGACUAUCACUCGGAUACUGCUUAGCCAUUUCAACUGGGACAAGGAGAAGCUCAUGGAGAGGUACUUCGACGGCAACCUGGAGAAGCUCUUUGCAGAGUGUCACGUCAUUAACCCCAGUAAAAAGUCCCGGACGCGCCAGAUGAACACAAGGUCGUCGGCCCAGGAUAUGCCUUGUCAGAUCUGCUACCUGAACUACCCAAACUCGUACUUUACUGGCCUAGAGUGUGGACACAAGUUCUGUAUGCAGUGCUGGAGUGAAUAUUUAACUACCAAAAUAAUGGAAGAAGGCAUGGGACAGACUAUUUCAUGUCCUGCUCAUGGCUGUGAUAUCUUAGUUGAUGACAAUACAGUUAUGCGUCUGAUCACAGAUUCGAAGGUUAAAUUAAAGUACCAGCAUUUAAUAACCAAUAGUUUUGUAGAGUGUAAUCGACUGUUAAAAUGGUGUCCUGCCCCAGACUGCCACCACGUCGUCAAAGUCCAGUAUCCUGAUGCUAAGCCUGUUCGCUGCAAAUGUGGGCGUCAGUUUUGCUUUAAUUGUGGUGAAAAUUGGCAUGAUCCUGUUAAGUGUAAGUGGUUAAAGAAAUGGAUUAAGAAGUGCGAUGAUGACAGUGAAACUUCUAAUUGGAUUGCAGCAAACACAAAGGAGUGCCCGAAAUGCCACGUGACCAUCGAGAAGGACGGGGGCUGCAACCACAUGGUCUGUCGGAACCAGAACUGUAAAGCUGAGUUUUGCUGGGUGUGCCUGGGCCCCUGGGAGCCCCACGGAUCUGCCUGGUACAACUGCAAUCGCUACAACGAGGAUGAUGCAAAGGCAGCAAGGGAUGCACAGGAGCGAUCCAGAGCAGCCCUGCAGAGGUACCUGUUCUACUGCAACCGCUACAUGAACCACAUGCAGAGCCUGCGCUUYGAGCACAAGCUCUAUGCUCAGGUGAAGCAGAAGAUGGAGGAGAUGCAGCAGCACAACAUGUCGUGGAUCGAGGUGCAGUUCCUGAAGAAAGCAGUCGACGUCCUCUGCCAGUGUCGUGCCACACUCAUGUACACUUACGUCUUUGCCUUCUACCUCAAAAAGAAUAAUCAGUCCAUUAUCUUUGAGAAUAACCAAGCAGACUUAGAGAAUGCUACAGAGGUGCUUUCUGGGUACCUUGAGCGAGAUAUAUCCCAAGAUUCGCUGCAAGACAUAAAGCAGAAAGUACAGGAUAAGUACAGAUACUGCGAGAGUCGACGACGGGUUUUGUUGCAGCAUGUGCAUGAAGGCUACGAGAAGGACCUGUGGGAGUACAUUGAGGACUGAGGCUGGCGCUGCAUAAAACGAACUCUGAAACCUUUCCCAUCUAGAGUGCUCAUGCGAUUAAAACAAAAUACACACACAAGGCACUACGCCUCUUACACUGCUGGUCUGUAGUACCGGGAUUCUGUUUUGUUAACAGAAACUUUAAGUAAAUUAUAUUGUAAAAAAAAAAAAAGGUAGAUAAACCAUUGUACAACAGUAUUCUAGGCGGCCAAUAAGAGUGUGACAGAYGCACUAAAAAAAAGAAAACCCUCCAACUUUAACUUGUAACGUAGCUUCAUUCUCCAAGCCGACUCCUUUUUCUUUUCUAUCUUUCUUUUCCUGUGUGUAGUACAGAUGAAAUUUAAACCAGUUUCUUGACACUGCUUUUCAUGUCCAAACCAGCCAUUUUGACGUACUUUGGUAAGGGUCGGGGGGGGGGAACGUGUCCCUGCCUCCUUCCCCCCUCCUCCUCUGCCCCCCAACUACAUGGAUGAAUGUGGAUUGGCUCAGUGUAAAGGUGAUUUUCUGGGGGAGGGGAGGAGGGGGGCACACAGCAAGGAAAAUAAAUAAAUAAUAAUAAAAAAACUUUGUAUAUGACUUUUAAAACUAAAAGAGGACAACACAGUAUUUUUCAAAGUUGUAUAUAGCGCAUAUGCAUGGACAAAGAGCAAGCGUGGCACGUGUUUGCAUAAUGUUUAAUUACAAAAAAAUAUUUAUUCUUUAAAAAUCUUCAAGAUUAUGUCUAUUUGCUGUGCAUUUUCUUUCAGUUUGAUUUUUUUUUUCUUUUGUUUUUUUCCCUGGGUUGGGGCGGGGGAAGCGUGUGCCGGUGUAGUGAUUUUUUUGUUGUUUAGUUUAGGAUUUUUUUGUUUGUUUUGUUUUGGGUUCUUUUUUUGAGGGCUGUUACCAGAGAAGUUGGGUUUCUCCUCUUCCUGCAGCUUUCUGCCCAUGCCCUCCGUGGUUUUGUGCGUAUCCAUUGCUGGCAACGGGCCCCUCUCCUCCCUUCCAGCUCCUCAUGCUCCUAAAGCCAUCGUGCAUUGCAUUCGUGACAGAUGUACCUUGUGAUUCAGGAGGCUUUGCCUUGUUUUUUUUGCCCAGAUACCUUUUUUUUACCUGCCCAAACGCAACUCAGCUGCUCCCACGCACACAGGACACGCGCUCUGAACCUCUAGGAAGUGUGUGUUUAGGCAUUUCUUAUUUUUUCUUUAAUUUCUUUUAAUUCUGAGGCAGGAAAAGGAGGGCCAUUUCCCACCACUUCUCAAGAGCCUAUUGAAAGAUUUCAGCUGUGGAUCUCCUCUCCCUCCCUUCCCUCUGUCCAGCGGAGUGUUCCUUGCUGUUAAGUUUCACUUACGUUAUAACAAGUGGUAACGUUGAAAAAGGAAAGAUGAUGGAAUUGUCUUUGUGUUUGUUUGGGGCUCAAUUCUGGGGCGUUCUGUCCUGGCAAAUACUUAACACUCCAGCUAGUGCCGUAGAAACUGAAAUCAG